GAAUCAGUUAGAAGCAAGGCUAGGGUUCUUGAUUUUAAGCGCAGAUCAUGGUAGCGAUGGUGGAGGCGGCGGCAUCGGCGGCGCAGGCCAGCCGCCCGGAUCGAGCGGAUCGGAAGGCCGUGGAGGCGGCGGCGGCGGCGGCGGAGGAGGAGAUCAAGGCGCUCCAGGGCCGGAUUGUGGAGAUCAAGGCGCAGCUGGAGUCGUCCAAGGGCACCAGGUACGCGCAGUCGCCGGAGCUCGUCGAGGCCCGGAACAAGCUGGCCGUGAUGAACGCCUCCUUCGCGGACAACCUCGAGGAGAAGCGGCGGAUCAAGGCGGAGCUGGAGGCGGCGGACAAGAUCCGCGAGCAGGGCCGCGUCGAGGCGCGCGCGCUGCGAGAGAAGUUGCCCUCCGCCGCCAAGCUGGAGCUCAUCGACGCUGAGAUCCAGCGGCUCGAGUACCGGAUCCAGCACACGUCUCUGGCGAUCAAGGAGGAGAGGGGCGCGAUGGCGCAGCUCAAGGAGCUCCGGCGGUCGCGGGAGAUGGUGGUGGAGUACAACCAGAGGAUGGAGCAGAUCGCCCAAGAGCAGGAGCUCCGGGGCGCGGCGCUGGAGCGAGCCAGGGAGAAGGACAAGCUCCUGACGAGCCUCAAGGCGGAGAUCAACGAGCUCAAGAAGACCAUGGACCAGAUCCGGGAGAGCGAGGCCGCCAAGGCGCUGGACACCUCGGCGCUGGCGGCGGAGAGGAACAGCGCGUACGAGAGGAUCAAGAACCUGCGGGAGGGGAUCAACGCGCGGUGGUCGGAGUUCUUCGCGAGGGAGAAGGUGGCGAGGGAGAGGAGGGCGGUGGCAGCGAGGCAGAACGAGGAGAGGAGGCGGGCCGAGUGGCUGGAGCGGGAGAAGACGAGGAAGAGGAUCGCGGAGGAGAACUUUGUGGAGAAGUAUACCGACGAGAUCAUCCUGUGCGAGCAGCUGGGAGCGUACCUCCAGAAGCUCACGCCGGUGGAGGUGGCGGAGGAUAAGUUGCCCGAGACGCCAGCAUCGAGGGAGGCGGUGGCCAGCGUGGAGGGAUUCGGGACGAUGCUGCAGAGCAAGAAGAACCGGAGCGAGGAUGAGGGCUGGUUUGCCGGGAAAUCGAAAGAGCCCAGUGCUAGAGGCAAGAAAGGAAAGGGCGCGGUACCUCCGAAGGAGAAGCUUUGCUUGUCUCUGGACGCGCUCGCCUCCUUCGCGAAGCUCGGCAUAUCGCCGCCCUCCACGGUCGGGGAGGCGAACAAGGUGGUGGAAACGCUCAAGACCAAGAAGGGUGAUUUCGUCAAGCUCCAGGCCUCGGCGAAGGCUGCGAGGGAGAAGUCAGAUGCAACGGAAGAAACAACGAAGGACGAGAUGCCUGAGAGUGAAUUCCCGAAAGUUGACGAGGCUCUUCCACAGAAGCUGGAGGAGAAGCUGGAGGCAGCCGCUUGAAAGCAAAAGCAAACUUUUUGUUCUUCACAGUGCUCACACACAGAUUGAUUGAAUAAGCGAUUGUUUACUCGUUUGUUA